AUGGAAGCACCUGUCAUUAUUAAAAAGGAACCUGUUGUCGAAAGUAAACCUGUUGUUGAGAAGAAGCCUGUUGCAGAGAAGAAGCCUGUUGUGGAAAAGAAGCCUGCUACAGAAAAGAAGGCUAUCGUACCAAAGAAAUCCGCUCCUGUCAAGAAAUCAGAUACAGCUAUACCAAUUAUUGCAGACGCAUCACCGGUACGUGGACCUAAAUUUACCCCCAAGAAAGUGAAAAAGGUGCCUUAUAUUGCACCCAAGAAGCUUACCCCAGAAGAAGUAUUGGCUAAAGUAGCUGCUGUCCGUAAGAAGAAAGCCCUCAAGAGACAAGCCAAGAGUAGAGCUAAUGGAGAAGUUAAACCCCUUUUCAAUUUUCAACUGGAUGGUUUGAAGAGCAACCCCAUCCCCACAACGCAAUUGGGUGAAUUUGUAUUGUAUGCAUUAUCCGAGACUACUAACUUACCUUGGUGCAGUAUCAUCAACAAGGCCAAGAUUGAGAAAUUGGUCAUGGUCUUUGCUCAAGGAUUAAAUUCCACUUACUUCGGCUUCCAGCCAGAAACACCCACCCCACUUGUAGAUUUGGACCAAUUAAAGGACGAGGAAUGGGUCGGUAAAGCAGCUAUGCCUUUCUUGACAAAGCAAAGUAAAUACAUGAUUGUCAAUGAAAUCUCUGGUAAAAACGGCCGUUUCAACUCCCCAGUUGCCGACAUUUUGCAAUGUAACAUGUCAAACACCAAGAAGGAACGUUUGGCUAAGGAGCAAGAAAAACGACUUAAUAUUUUUAAGGGCAACAUGCGCGAAUACUACAUACUUUCUCAGGAAGACAUGAGAAGGGCUGAUUACCCUAUACCUCCUUUCCUUGACCAAUCGGUUGUUUUACCUGAUGAUUGGAAGGAAACCCAUCCUGCUUUGGAAGAAAGAAAGGAAGGCCAACCCAUGAGAAUUAUUGCUGUUGAUUGUGAGAUGGUCUUGACCGAAGCUGGUAGUUCAUUAGCCCGUAUUACCCUCAUUGAUGAAGAUGGCACUCAGUUAUUGGAUGAGUUGGUCAAGCCUGACUUACCCAUUAUCGAUUACUUGACAAAGUUUUCUGGUAUCACACCUGAAGCUAUGGGCGAUGCCACCUGUUCUCUCCGACGUGCACAGAAACAUGUCCGUAAAUUGGUUGAUCACAAUACAAUUUUAGUUGGCCAUGGUUUGGAGAACGAUUUAAAAGCCAUGAAAAUUGCUCAUCCUUACUGUGUUGAUACAGCUUUGCUCUACGAUCAUUUCCGUGGUCCUCCUUACAAGCCUUCGCUUCGUUUCUUGGCUCGUACUUAUUUGAAACGUAACAUUCAGGAACGUAAUACAGCACAUAUUGGUCACGAUUCUGCAGAAGAUGCUCGUGCUACUCUUGAUUUGUUUAAGCUCAAGUUAUCAACAAAACCCAAUUUUGGUAAAUACAAACGCACAGAGUUGAUUAUGGAUCGUUUGUCAGCCAAUCGACCUCCCAGAACCAGUGCUAUUCUUGAAAGUUCAGUAGAUGGUUAUCGCGUGUUUGGUUCUAAUCAAGGUGGUGAUUAUUUCCGUGUUGAUACAGAUGAGGAAUUGGUAGAUUUGACUUUGGAAAAGAUCAAGAAUACCGACUUUUUAUUUACUCGUUUCCAAACUGCCGAUGGAGGUAAAUCCAAUCGCCCCAUCGAUAAGGGAGAGGAUGCUGUUCCCAGUAUCGUACCUAGUGCUGCAAUCGAAAAAGCUAAUAGCGCCAAGAGACUUCAUAAGUUGGAUGAUUAUAUCAGAAAAAUUUACAAUGGUCUCCCCGAAAACUCAUUUAUAGUCGUUUCAGGUGGUGUUGGUGAUGUUCCCAUGUACAAAAAGUAA